GUGCAACCGUUCUCUUAAUACAUCCAUGGCUGCAACCAAACAGCGACGCAACUUUUUAACUACUUUCAUCGUAUCGUAAGUGCGGACUUUAGAGCCUGAAGUUACACACAGGUGGUGCAAACUUCAGCUGGAGUUUGUCUGAUUGCCAGUUUGAUUUUGACACGUUUAUCUCGGCUUGACCUGCACCGUCAGGGUAGCGCUGCUCUUUGACAAAAUAAUCUCAACACUUACACAACCUUAGUGUUUCCUACAACUAGGCAAGACGGAAAUAAUAGCAUGCAGAGGAACAUAAACACCUGAGACAGGUAGAAGAACGGCAGAAGAUGGUGGCAGUGAGGAGGUAGAAAAACGGCAGAAGAUGGAGGCAGUAAGGAGGUGGAGGGCAGACUGGAGGUGUCCCACUACUCUGCUGUGUAUUUACGGAUUCUUCAGCACAGUUAAACCCCUGGAACCUUUCCUCAUCCCAUACUUGACAGGACCGGAGAAGAAUCUGACAACAGAACAGGUAAACAAUCAAAUUUUCCCGGUGUGGACGUACUCCUACCUAUCUGUGCUGGUGCCAGUGUUCCUGCUGACUGACUGGCUGCGUUACAAGCCUGUGGUGGUGUUUCAGAGUGUCACCCUCUUCAUUACCACAGCAAUGCUACUCUGGCUGAAAAGUGUACCAGCCAUGCAGGCCAUGCAGUUCUUCUACGGGGUGGUGACAGCCAGCGAGGUGGCCUACUUCUCCUACAUCUACAGUGUGGUGGAUCAGAAGAGGUACCGGAAGGCCACCUCUUACUGCCGCAGUGUCCAGCUCCUGGGCUACACAGUGGGCUCUGUGCUGGGCCAGCUGCUCAUCAGCUUCAACCUCAUGUCCUACAACAACAUCCUGGUGCUUACUCUAGUUCUCACCGCCAUCGCUCUCCUCGUGUCCUGCCUCCUGCCAAUGCCACAGCAGAGUAUGUUCUUUCAUCGCAGACAUGCUGGUCAGAAAACAGGGACAGAGGGAGCAGAGAGGCAUGAAGAUGGGACUUGGGAUGAAACAGAACACACAAGCAUAGCAAAGAUAUCCCUGAAAGAAAUAAGAGAUGAGAAGGCAGAGGAAACAGAGGAUAAAGCAGGAGUGGGACUGGAUGAAAAAGGGCCCAGGACUGAGGACCUUGAGGAGUCGGUUGGUGCAGAGAGCUGCAGCCAAGUGCUCAUCCUGCUGUGGAGGGACUUCCUCCAGUGCUACUCCUCGAGACAGUUGCUCUACUGGUCAGUGUGGUGGGCAAUGGCCACCUGCGGCUAUAACCAGACUGUCAACUAUGUGCAGGUGCUGUGGGAGCACGUGCAGCCUUCUCAGAACUUAAGCAUCUACAAUGGAGGCGUGGAGGCAGUGUCCAACCUGUUGAGUGCAGCAACAGCUUACGGUAUAGGCUUUACUGAGGUGAGAUGGGAACAAUGGGGAGAGCUGGCCCUUGGUGGUUUCUCUGGACUUGGUGCAGCAGCACUCUUUCUCAUGACCUUUGUCGGCAACAUCUGGGUCUGCUACGCUGGUUACGUCAUUUUCAAGUGCCUGUACAUGCUGCUGAUAACAAUAGCCAUGUACCAGAUUGCAGCUGACCUGUCAAUGGAAAGAUAUGCACUGGUCUUUGGAGCAAACAACUUUGGAGCAUUGACUUUACAGACAAUCAUCACUUCUGUUGUGGUGGACAGUAGAGGACUGGGCCUGGGUAUCAUUCCUCAGUUCACCAUAUAUGCCAGCUACUUCUCAUUCAUCGCGGUUGUUUUUUCACUUCGGGGACUGUUUACCAUUUGGAGAGUGCAGAGAAACAACAAAGAUUCCCCACCUUCAGUCAAAAAUGAACCUCCAGUGUUGGACGAACACAGAUUCUGAAUACAAGGGAUUUGAUUU